AUGCGCCACGCUAAAAACGGAUUCCAGUAUUACGACUCGGACGACACCACUGCAGACCAUGUAUCUGUCUAUUACUCCCCCCUGCAGCACCCCCAGUACAAUAUUGCCAGCGUAGGGGGCCACUAUAAUUAUAACGGAAGCUCGCCUGGCACUUUGGACUCAUCCCCAUCACCAUCAGCUCGUCAGGGGUUGGUCCGAGGCCAACCGUCCGAACACACCAGCAUACCCCUGACGAGCAGCAGCCGUUUUACGCCUGGAUACUCUGGCUCCGAAUACUAUACACCCAAUGAUGCCAGGCAGAUGUCUUCCGGAGGAUAUACAAACAGCAACCAAUCAAUACCACACCAUGGCUUCCAAGGUUGUUUGUUGCAAGAAUCAAAGCCAGGGACGGAACAGUUGACACGAACCGAACCGUCAGUUGCGAUCUGUUCACCGGAUCUCCCAACCCAAUCAAGGCAUCGUCCGGUCAACGAUUAUGUACCGAGCGGGGAGAAUCCUCGCAAUAGCUUUGGGAUAAGAUUGCGACCUGUUUCUGAUCUGCCCGACCGUUAUCGUGGUGUCUUCAAAUUCGGUGUGUUCAAUGCGAUGCAGUCCACAUGCUUCGAUAAGGUUUUAUAUUCGGAUGAAAACUUGGUAGUUAGUGCUCCAACCGGAAGCGGGAAGACUGUACUCUUUGAACUGGGCAUCAUACGUAUGCUUGGCCAAGUCACGAACAACAAUUCAAUCAAAUGCGUGUACGUUGCUCCGACAAAGGCCCUUUGUGCGGAAAAACACAAGGAAUGGGCUGCCAAGUUCGGAGGGUUGGGGGUGAAAAGCUGUGAGCUAACGGGGGACACCCUUGGUUUUGGUAAAGGGAUUUGGGGCGAAGCACGGAAUGCACAGAUUAUAGUAACUACGGCCGAGAAGUGGGACAGCUUAACACGAAACUGGUCCAGUUUUCCAGACCUUUUAGUCCUAUCGCAAAUUAAACUUUUCCUCGUGGAUGAGGUGCACAUUCUGAACGAGUCAAGAGGAAGCACUUUGGAAGUCGUAGUCUCUCGCAUGAAAGCGCGCGUACCAGCUGUUAGAUUCCUCCUUGUCUCAGCGACGGUGCCCAACGUAGAGGAUAUUGCGAAUUGGAUUGGUAGUAGUGACGGCGCUGAUCACCCAGCUACAAUAUUUCAGGUCAGAUCAAUCGAUCACAAGUAUGCGUUAUCUAAUCAUGGGAAGUUCGGCGAGGAAUUUCGACCUUGCAAGCUGAGCAAAGUUGUUUACGGAAUCCCUAAACCGAAAGGGCAGAACGAUUUCGUCUAUGCUCACACCUUAGAUCGCCGCCUCUUCUCUCUUCUGCAACAACAUUCGCAAAAUAAGCCGAUUUUGGUGUUUUGCCCAACAAGAAAAGGUACCGUGGCUGCGGCAAAACAAUUGGCGAUGGACUACGGAGCAGCGCUGAAAGCACGAAAACCUCUUCCAUGGUUCCCUCCAACGCGGAUCGAUCUCGUCUUCCACGAUAAAGAUCUUGCUUCCCUUACUGCGAUGGGCAUAGCUGUUCACCACGCAGGCUUGAGUUUGGAUGACAGGAGGGCCGUGGAAGACUUGUACACCGCAAAAAAAUUGCGGGUAUUGGUUGCCACUUCCACUUUGGCUGUUGGGGUCAAUUUGCCGGCCCAUAUGGUGGUCAUAAAGGGAGUCAAGCUCUUUCAGAACGGAGAAACGCGAGAAUAUUCGGAUUUGGAGAUUUUGCAAAUGAUGGGUCGUGCUGGUCGGCCACAGUUUGACGACGAGGGAAUUGCAAUGAUUCUGUGUGAAGCAGAAGUGGAAAGUAAAUAUCGUGCUCUUGCGCACGGCACGACGACCAUCGAAAGCAGCCUGCAUAGAAAUCUCGUAGAACACCUCAACUCUGAGAUCUGUUUAAGAACUAUAACGGACCUUAAAAGCGCCAGGGACUGGUUGCGUCGUUCGUUCUUAUUCCAACGCAUCCAGAAAAAUCCGCAACACUACGACAUUGGUAAGGAGGAGAACGAGUCGUGGCAAGACAAAGUAGAUGCGAUCGUGAUGGAAAGCAUCUAUAGCUUACGCGAUUCACAACUAAUCAUGUACACGAUGGAAGACGGAGCUCUAUGUUCCACAGAAUAUGGAGACAUCAUGAGCAAGUUCUACAUUUGUCAGACCACGAUGUACUCGAUACUGCAACUCCCUGGCACGGCUACCAUCCGUCAGAUUCUCGAAAUGAUGUCUUGUUCUAAAGAGUAUAUGAUUUCUCCUAACCACUAUUCGUCCAAAAUGACCGUGCCCUCUUUGACAACGCAAAUCUCUCCCAAGAUGUACGAAAAGAUCCGUUGCCAUAACGACAUACGGUUUCCUAUCCGAAAGGUCACUGGGGCCAGCGACAAAGUGUUUUUGCUGGUGCAGGCCAUCCUCGCAGGCCUACCACUUAACAGCCCGGAAUUCAGAAAUACGGAGGGCCAACCGUACCUAGAAGCAAUUUCAAUUUUCCGGCAUUUUUCUCGCAUCGCGACAGCCAUCGCAGAGGUUGCCAUUGUUAAGCGUUGCGGCGCGCAAGUCAAGCACGCAUUAGAACUCGCACGAUGCCUCCAUGCGAAAGCUUGGGAAGAUCACCCUCUUGUCCUCAGGCAAAUCGAGCACAUCGGUGAAAAAUCAGCCAAGGUCCUUGCAGAACACGGCAUCGGCUCGAUCCAGAAACUCGUGGAGAUUCCUGCCUUCCGUAUCGAGGAGCUCCUAAAUCGCCGGCCACCGUUCGGCUCCGAGGUCCUAGCGGCGGCAAAAGAGUUUCCCAAGUACUUCCUGAGCGUUAAGGAAACUAAGACCGUCCCCAGCGAUGGGGAAAAUCCUGUAGAGGUAGAAUUGACAAUCGAAUGCGGUCUGGUUCCAGACUCCAUGAUGCCGCGCAAGGCCAAGGUGCCCAAGAGGGCUGGAGCGGAAAUGACAACGCUUCUCACUCUCACAUCCGAUUUGACAUUCGUUGAUUUUCGUCGGAUUGGGCGAGUAUCACACGCGUACUUCGGGUCAACUUCAGUUUCACUUAUACGGCGUAGAACAAAGGCUCUUAUGGAGAAGAAGGAAUUCACUCUUACUGCAUAUCUGACCAAGCCGAGUCAGGCUAUUAACAUUUACAUUUCAUCGGAGAAAUCUGCUGGGGUAACGAUGACAGCAACGUAUAAACCUCUCAUUGAACACUCGAAGUAUCCGGUGGUGGAUACGCGACCACUGACAUCUGUUGAAUUGGAUUUGCAGGGGCUGGAGAAUAUCCCAGACCUGUGGGAAAUGAACAUCAGUGACGACGAAGACGUGCAUGCUGCACCGGCAGCGGACACCAGAUCUCGAAAGCAAGAGACAAAUGACCCCGGCACCGACAACGCCAUCACACAGCAGGCGCAUGCCGAUUUCUAUCCGCCAUACAAGUCUGGGCGAAUAGCAGGAAUAGCUAAAGUUGGGAAGAAUAAACGCCCAAGGGAGAACACCUCGACCUUUACACCCCUCAUCAACAAGUCCCCCGAGUCUCGCGUCACGCCACUCUUCACUAGUUCGCCCAGCACCAGAAAUCCGGAGCCCAGCCAAAUCUCCGGAAGUAAUUGUGACCGACCAUCCACACCUGAACAAACUAUUGAAUACGAAGAAUUCUACUUCGACAAUACUCGCUUUGAUGCCUUCCCUGCUUCUGCCUCGGAAACUACCCGAGCUACGGAUGACUCGGAAGCAACCCCAAGACAUCUGACUCCGCAAAGAGGGCGGAGCGGCUCAAAGAAAGAGAAAGAGAAAGAGACGAACUCAAGUGCAAGCAUCGAGGCGAAUACCGUGUGUCCAACAAGGGAGCCAAUGAAGUCGCCUAUAUUUGAACAGCUCUCAGUAUCACGAAUCUCGGGGUUCAUUGCUCGGACGAUUUCCGACGGGGUCAGAUCGAGGGACCCAUCACAAGAAUGGUCUGACAAUCGCAGUCACCAGGCAAACACGCCUGUUCCCAUACCGUCUCUGGCAGGAGUCCAAGUUUCCCCGAAUGCUAAUACAAACACGACAGACGAUCCCCUUGGGGAAUUCAACUGCUGGUUAGCAAGCGGAGCAGUAGAUAUUGUCGAGUGA